AUGAAAUUCAUAAAGCUCAAGGUAUGCGAUAGCCAAGUGGGAUUAGGAUUCCCUCAUGUUCAAAAUGAACUUGAUGGGGAUAACCAGGCCUCCAAAAGGUUUCAGGGCAAUUCAAGCUCCGAUUUAAUCAGCAACUUGUCGAGUAACGUCAUCGACAAUAUUUUAAUUUAUCUGUCCAUUCAUGAAGCAGUGGGGACUAGUAUCUUGUCCAAGCGAUGGAGGUUCAGGUGGAGUUAUAUCACUUCACUGUGGACCCAUAUCGAAUUUUACCUUUUGUGUUCCUUGCCUAGUAGCUUUCCUGAAAUUUGCCUGCUGUUUCUUUACCUUAGGGACGAAGACAUUCACGAAAUUGACUUUAGUUAUGGAUUUAAUAGGAUCCCAUCACAUCUAUUCUCAUGUUUUACAUUGAGGCGGUUGACCUUGUCCAAAUGUCAUAUCAAAGUUCCUUUGGCAUUUCAAGGAUUUGUCAAGUUGAUUUCUCUUAAGUUUCGCCAGGUUUAUUUUGAUACCGACGAUAUAUUUGAAAGUUUUAUCUCCAAAUGGCCAUUGCUUGAAACACUUUGGAUAAACAAUUGCAGUGAAAUUGACAGCCUUGAAAUUGACCUUCCUUAUUUAAAGUACUUUGAGUUCUGUGGUGAUUGUCGGACUUUUAGUUUUAGAAAUGUAAGUCAGCAUCUUUCAACAUAUUAUUUUGAGGGAUGUUAUAAAAUGUCUUGCUGUGAACCAACAAAACUUUUUGAAAGUCUGCCUGUCGUCAAGCACUUGUAUCUGGGAUACGACUUUUUGCAGUACAUGUGUGGUGGAAGCAUCUCCAUGAAACUUUCUCUUGGCUGCCUUAGAGUUCUUAAACUCCAUGAAGUGCAUUUUCAGAGGACGCGUCUUGUCUCUGUUCUGCUUUGCUUGAUUGUGAGCUCCCCUAACUUAGAGGAACUGGAGAUUGGGGCUGAGAGCGUAACUAUUGGCUUCAUUGUUCCCCAUCGCUCCACUAUUUUCAAAUGUAAAAGAUCUUUUAGAUAA